GCCGCGGCGUGGUGGGAUGACAGCCUCGAGGAGCAUGUCGUCCAGAAGAUCAUUCAGGAUCUGCCUUCCGACGCCGCUGCGCGGCGGCGGCGGAAGCCCGAGCCGGAGGCGGUGUUUACAGAGGCUCUCCAGGAGCCUCAGGCAGUUCCUGCCGUGGCGUCGGAGCUUUCUGCCAAGUUCCAGGCCCGACUCUCAGCCUUCCGCCAGCAGCUGUCGUCUCUCGAGAGGCAGCUGUCGCCGGUGGACAGGCAUCGCGAACGGCUAGCUUUCAUGAUGGAAGAGGCCGCUGCCAUGCGUCGCUCGGCUCGAGGCCCAGCCAUGGCGGCCCCACGGCAUCAUCAGCGCUCUGGGGCAGGUGGAGGUCUGGCUUCAUCACGCAUGACGUCAGCAAGGAGCUCCAGCCCCCCGACUUCCCUCAAGCGCGAGAGCAUGGUCGUGGCAGCAUCCCGAUCCUUGUCCAUGACCCUUCCUGCGGGUGGUGCCUUGCUCUUCUGGACGACCUGUCUCUCAGAGGGUCUCCGGCAGACGUGGAAAAGCAGGCCUUCAGGUGGCGAUGCGUCUGCAGGGGGUCUUUCCGAGCUCGCCUUCCAAGAGAUCUUCUCAACCCAGUUGGCGCACGUGAAUCCGCCGGAGGUUGGUCGUCAUCGCACGGUGUCUUUCGUCGCCUACUACCCCGAGGUCUUUCGCGAUCUCCGCGCCCAUGGAUGGGGUGUCAUGGAUGAGGAUUUCCUGCACUCCAUCUGCAACGCCCCACUCACGAGCAACCAGGAUGAUGGCUUGGAGGCCAAGAGGCUGGUCUUCAGCAGCUGGGACAAGAAGUAUCUGGCGAAGACCGUCCUGCCGGAUGAGGUUCAUUUCUUCGCCGACCACCUACCCGCAUACCAUCGUCACAUGCGAGGCUCACCUUCGUCGCUACUGCCACGCUUCUGUGGCCUGUACAGCCUGCAGUUUCCAAAGGAGCCGAAGCCCGCUUACCUGGUCGUACUUCAGAAUCCGUUCGCAGCAGGCGUGAAGAUGAAGGAGAAGUACGAAGUCAAGGGUGUGCUGACCUCGGACCGAUACGUCUCAAGGGAGGACCGUGAGAAGGGCGCGAGAUUGCUCAAGGACCGAAACCUGAUUCAGCGGAGCCGCCUUCGCCUGGGACGGGUGUCUCCUUUACUCCACCGACAGCUGCAGGAGGACGUCUCUUUUCUAGAAGCACGUGGUCGCGUCGAGUACUCCCUGCUUUUGGGCGUGGCUUCUUCCUCGGAGGCCGAGCAGGCGGCGGCCCUGACCGUCGGCCUCCGAACGGUGGCCGCUGACGACACAGAGGGUGACGAGGUUGUGUUCAUGGGCCUGGCGGAAAUCUUUCAGGAAUAUGCGAGUGGUCGGCCAGCCGCGAGGUCUACGGCUGGCGAAAUGGGCGCGGCACUGCCCAAGCCUGCUCACUACGCCAGGCGCUUCCUGCACUUUCUGGCGCAGCGGGUUCUGUGA